AUGCGGGUGCCCGUGCCCGCCGUGCUCUGCUGCUCGGCCGCCAGCCUCCUGCUGCUGCUGCUGCGAUGGCGGCGGCAAAGGGGGCUCUGGAAGAAGGUGAGGGUGGCUCAGCAGAGACAGGAGCGGAGCUUGGUGAAGAUGGAGAUGGCUGCACGGAGCUUUCGGGAGCAGCAUCCUUCUGUGAACAUGGUCUCCAUCCUCUCUCUGCGUUUGCUGGAACUCUCCAAGAAGCUCCGGGAUGGCUCGCUCCCUCCAGAGCAUGUCUUCUAUGCCUACGUGGGCAAGGCCCUCCAAAUUGCCACAGAAACAAACUGCAUCACGGAGUAUCUACAGGAGAGCGAGACCCAGCUCCGGAAAGCGAAGCCGGAGAAGCCGGGUUUGCUGUAUGGGGUGCCUGUCAGCAUCAAAGACUCCAUCAAUUGCCAGGGUCAUGAUUCCACGUUAGGAUUUAUAAAAAACCUCAAUAAACCCGCAGCAGAGGACAGCGUGGUGGUGCAGGUGCUCAAGAGGCAAGGGGCAAUUCCAUUUGUCAAAACCAACGUUCCCCAGUCCCUUAUCAGCUAUGACUGCAGGAACUUAAUCUUUGGUCAGACAUACAACCCUCUGCUCUACACCAGAACCCCUGGAGGCUCCUCUGGUGGAGAAGGGGCACUUGUAGGAGGAGGUGGGUCCAUCUUGGGCAUUGGGACGGAUGUAGGAGGAAGCCUGCGUUUCCCUGCUGCCUUCUGUGGGAUCUGCGCACUCAAACCCACCGGGAACAGGCUCAGUAAAAGAGGAAUCCUUGCUGGUGUUGUAGGGCAGAAAGCAGUGGCUGCAGCAGUGGGGCCAAUAGCAAAAGACGUGGACAGCCUGGCGCUGUGCAUGCGGGCACUCCUGUGUGAGGACAUGUUCAGCCUGGACAGCACAGUGCCCCCCCUUCCCUUCAAUGAAGAGGUGUAUUCUGGCACUCAGCCCCUUCGCAUAGGUUACUACGAAACCGAUUUCUUCACCAUGCCAAGCCCAGCCAUGAGGCGUGCCGUCCGGGAGGUGAAGCAGAUGUUGGAGGAUGCUGGCCACACGCUGGUGCCGUUUGAACUCAUGAAUGUGGACUAUGCAAUCUUUAACUUCUGCCUUAGGGGCAUGUUUGCAGAUGGAGGUGCCUCUUUUGUCAGGAAAUUCAAAGGGGAGCUGGAGAGAAGUGGCACUGGGGUGUUAUUCUGGUUGUUGAAGUCACCAGGCUGGCUGAAAACUGUCCUCUCUUGGAUCACCAAACCCUUUGUGCCUCGGUUGUCAGCUCUCCUAAGAAGUAUGAGAGCAAACACAGUGGAUGAAGUCUGGAGUCUUCAUCAUGAAAUUGAGGAGUUUUGCCACCAGUUCAUCGCCCAGUGGAAAAAGCUGAAUCUGGAUGUCAUGCUUUGUCCCAUGCUGGGCCCGGCUCUUGGCAUUGGCUACCCUGCGAAGGUCUCAGUGGCAGUCAGCUACACCAUGCUCUACAACGCCUUGGACUUCCCUGCUGGUGUGGUCCCUGUCACCUUGGUGACUGACGAGGACGAGGAGGAGCUGAAGGGCUACCGCGGGUACUUCCAGGAUUCGUGGGACCGAACCCUGGCAAAGGCUUUUCAGGGCAGCGCGGGGCUGCCAGUGGCCGUGCAGUGUGUGGCCUUGCCGUGGCAGGAGGAGCUGUGCCUGCGGCUCAUGAAGGAGGUGGAGACCCUUGCCCUGAAGAAAAAUGAAAUCGUCUGAAUUCCACACACUUGCCCUGAGCAGGACGCCAGCUAACGUCAGCACAGGUCACCCUCUGGUCUGACUUGCCCGCAGGACUCCUGCUCCCCUCCGCAAGGCUGCAGCUGUGGCUGGGCUCGCUGCUGGCUUUGGGGCGCAAGGGGCGA